UGCUGUGGCCGCCCGGCAGCUGGAAAGCCGAUCUGGCCCCGCUACGCUGCUCUAGGUUCUGAAGUCCGAACGACAGAGCGAAAGCGACGCUAAGUUAGGACUAUGCGGACGGUGCAGCCAUGAGCUGGGUCAGAGACGAAUUUCCGCUGCACCUCCUCGCCUGGCACAACAACUACCAGGAGCUGGACCGAGAGCUGCAGAAGCGACAGCAUGACAUCGAAAAGCUGGAUCCCCGUGGACGUACCCCCCUGCAGUUGUCAGUGUCGCUGGGUCACUUGGAGUCCACCCGCGUUCUACUGCAGAAUCGGGCGGAUGUCAGCAAGGAGAACCAGAACGGCUGGACCGUCUUGCAGGAGGCUGUAAGCACCGGUGACCCAGAACUAGUUCAGCUAGUUCUUCAGUAUCGGGAUUACCAGCGUGCCACAGAGCGUCUGGCGGGGAUCCCAGAGCUGCUCAGCAAGCUACGUAAGGCUCCAGAUUUUUAUGUUGAAAUGAAGUGGGAAUUUACCAGCUGGGUGCCUCUUGUGUCAAAAAUCUGCCCCAGUGAUGUUUACCGAGUGUGGAAGAGCGGGGCUAACCUGCGAGUGGAUACAACACUUCUUGGGUUUGAACACAUGACUUGGCAGAAGGGUAGACGCAGCUACAUUUUCAAGGGUGAAGAGGAUGGAGCAGUUGUUAUGGAGGUGGACCAUGAAAAGCAGAUUGUAUAUACAGAGAUCCUGUCACUAUCCCUCCAUGAGCCAGAGUUGCUGCUGACAGCGAUGGUGCCCAGUGAGGAAAAUGUUGUGCAGCGUGUAACUGCUCCCAUUGUGUCAACUCAUCUGGACACAAAGAACAUCUCUUUUGAAAGGAACAAAUGUGGCAUUUGGGGCUGGCGGUCCGAGAAAACAGAAGUCAUUUCUGGCUAUGAAGCCAAGGUAUAUGGUGCCAGCAAUGUUGAACUGGUCACGAGGUCAAGGACAGAACAUCUAUCUGACCAGGACAAAUCAAAAAACAAAGGAACCAAAACGCCUCUUCAGUCAUUCCUGGGAAUUGCGGAGCAGCAUAUAUCUCACAAUGGGACUCAUGUUACGCAGUGUGCAAGCCCCACAAAUCCUACAGCCAUCACUCCUGAGGAGUACUUUGAUGCAAACUUUGACCUUGAGACCAGAGACAUAGGACGGCCUGUGGAGAUGACAAGCAAGAUUCAGAGGUUUAAGGCAACACUGUGGUUGUGUGAAAAUCACCCGCUCUCCUUGGUGGAACAGGUAACGCCGAUCAUUGACCUCAUGGCAAUUUCCAAUGCCCAUUUUGCCAAGCUGCGGGAUUUCAUCACUCUUAAACUCCCACCUGGGUUUCCUGUGAAGAUUGAGAUCCCUCUCUUCCAUGUGCUGAAUGCACGGAUCACCUUCAGUAACCUUUGUGGAUGCGAUGAGCCAGUGAGUUCUGUGAGAGUGACGUCAAACGAACCACAGAAUGGCGAAGAUGCUGCUGGAGCAUUUUCAGAUUCUACAGCUCCACUAACCUGUGAGGUUGACCCAUCUGUAUUUGAAAUUCCGCAAGACUACACUACUAUAGGUGCUGGCCGCAAUGAGCCAAUGAGAGAUGAAGAUGAUGACCUCCUUCAGUUUGCCAUUCAGCAGAGCCUUCUGGAUGCAGGAACAGAAAGUGACCAAGUGACAAUUUGGGAAGCUCUGACCAACACUAGGCCCACCUCAAACACGCCACCUUAUGAAGAAGACCCCCAAUUGGAACGAGCAAUUCGGGAAUCUCUCUCCCUCUCAGUACCGAAAGCAGUAGGCAACAGAGGGGAUGCUGACGGUAGCAAUACUGCCAAUGAUGACACCCCAGUGCUGCCCCUCUCUCCAGUUAACCAGCAUCUGACGCCUGUCAGUUCACCCCCACCACCUUAUAGUCUGACGAGCUUUGACGAACAGCUGCGCCUCGCCAUGGAACUGUCAUCCCGUGAGCAAGAGGAACGGGACCGGCGGUGGCGCGAGGAAGAAGAGGAGCUGCAAAGGAUACUUCAGCUGUCAUUGACUGACAAGUAGGGCUCAGGGAGUGGGGAGACGGGUACGCGAACAGCCAAGGAGAGGUCUCCCUUAGUUUCUAGAGCAGGAAGCACUGAUGGAGGUAGGGCCUGCCCCGGUGAGAGAGAAAGAGAGAGUACAAGGAAUGGUCUUAGCUGUUCCGUAUGUAAGUUUUUGGUGGGGGCCCUUCUCAAACCUCCCAACCUCCCCAUCCUAAGUCUUCACAGCAGACCAGUAUUGAUUACUUCUGUUCAACUGAACAGGAGCUGCUAGGCACACACUUUUUUUUUUUUUUUGGUGGUUAUUUUUAAUUUUGCUCUGCAGGGGUCUCUCUUAUCUCAGAGGACAGAGGAGGGGGGUUAAUUUUUGAGUUUGUAUUCAUCAGCAAAACAUUACACUUGGGAUGGAUUUAAACAUGAGGUGGCAUCUGUCAGUCUUGCCCCCACCAUCCACUGCACUCUCUCUUUCUCCGCUCAGGCGGGGUGUUGCUGAGAGCGAUCUUGCACCAGGAGAGAGCAAGGCUGGGUGGGUUUAGAUACCCAGGUCUGCCCUCCCUGCCCCAGAGCAGUGUGUGCAAUAGCUCAUAUGAAGAAUGUGUUAUGCUAGCUUAAGAGAAAAUCAAAGAGAUAAUGUUAAAAUGAAAAAUUAAUUUAAGAACUGACAAAGAUGUUUGUGUUUUCAGAUGUUUUUAAAAGCCAGCUCACUGUUCUCCAUUUCUGUGGCUCCUUUCCCAUCAUAAAGAAUUGCAGACAGGCAAACAAGCAGAUGGGGGGCCGGGAAAGUUGAGCCACAUAAAAGCGGACUUGCCCGAUGUAUACUGUAAUUAAAAUGGCUGGAAAAAUAUAAUUCACCUUUUCUACUGGG